AUGGCGUUACGUUUAAAAAAGGACAUAAAGAAGGCUUCCUACUACGUGUGGUUCCUUGGAGCCCAGGAGUCACGUGGAUUGAGGGGUCAAGAGUUCGCAGUACCAGCGAUACAGCUACUGGAAGAAAGAGCUAGGGACUUGGAGCCAUUCAAAGUAACAUUACAGGUAUCCCACAAAGGGCUUAAAAUCAUUCAGAAUGUGACAGCGAAGGGCAAGCAGCAGACUAUCAAGCAUUUCAUACCACACGGAAGCAUCACGAGUGCUGUGGUUCAAGGAGACGUAGUGGCCUGCGUCCUACUGCUGUAUAACCCCAUCACUGGCUGCCCAGUCCACGUCCAUGCUUACAGAUGUGAUUCGGAUCACACUGCGGAGAUGCUGUACACCCACCUUCUGGCGUUGAUCGAACGUCCUGAAAACCAGAAGAAGUUCGCUGAUAUAGAGAGGAAACUUCAAAUGCGAGGAGCAUUACCAACCAAGAAACCUCCAGACUCGUCCCUUGGCAGUGAAGUGUCUAGAGAAUCUGAUUCUGGCAGUACAGAAGAUAGAAAUGUGGCCAAUCUAUAUGACAGCCUCGCUGCUGAGCUCAAACAGAAGUUGUCUACAGGUAAAAAGGGAAUAGGUAAAAGUCCAAUCCUUCUUCCACCUCGUGAUUAUGACACGGUACAUCGCCAGAAAGGCAACCUGAGUAAUAUUGAUACGCGUCGCUGUCUCAAUCAAAACAUCGUAGGGAUCAACGCGCGUAGGAAGCUGGCUUCAUCAGGUGGCAGUUCCGGGAUCGGCAGCGACAUGGCCCCAUCCCCCGAGAGGAACGAAUACCCACGACAUGACAAUCACAGCACAAGCGAAGAGGAUUGGGCUGAGAGUACUGCUUAUAUGAUGCAUGAAGCUUUUGAUGCUUCUCCUCGGCGCGCUUCACCGACUCGUCGGAUUUCACCUUCUCGUAGAGCAUCACCAAUUCGUCGCCCAUCUCCAACUCGUCACCUAUCACCAACUCGACGCCAAUCACCAACUCGCCGUCAAUCACCAACCCGUCCAACAUCUACACCUCAUCGUGCACUCUCACCUCGCUACGACAGAACUUACAAUGAUGACUUCAAUGAUCACUUCCGCGACCAACUGGCUCCCUUCCGCGAUCAAACUUUUGAACGUCGUUUCCGUCAUGAAUCCCUGGAACGCGUUAACAAAGACAAAACAGAUAAAUUUGAAGAGGAACCUACAAACUAUCGACGUAGGUUUAUUCCAGAGACUAAACCUUCCAACCGUAGCAUAGAUAGAGUAGAGGAUAGACGAUUUGGUAAACUGCAGCGGGGUGCAAGCGAAGGUAGUCUAAAAGUAAAUGAUGUCACACCUAAAGAAAGAUUCAAUGUGGCUAAAGAAAAGUUUAUGAAUCUAGAAAGGGAAAGAUUUAACAGGGAACUGGAAGCACACAUGGCAAUGAGACGUAGCAUGCUAGAAAGAAACGGUCGCUCAACUUCUUCUCCAGAGGAAGAAAUUAGGGAUGAGCGUCCAGAGCGUCACAGGGAAUCUGGUGCUCGCAGAGAAAACGAUCGCUCUCAUAGAGACUUGGACCGUUCACAUAGAGAACCAGAACGACGCAAAGAAGAGAGAGUGCGCGACUUGGGAACAACCGAUAUAGGGCAUAGAGAAAUAGAAAGACUACCUCGUGUUGGACGGAAACGGGAUGAGGUCAAGAGGUACGAGUAUGGGACAGAGGAUUACUUGAACAGAAACGAGACAAAAGCACAUAGGGAUGAAUACGAUCGGUAUAGAGAGAGGAGAGAAUUAGAUCGCCGUAUUGACGAAGACGAGGUCAUUGAGCCAGUUAUUGAGGAGAGAAAGAGAGAUUGGACUGACAGACAGAGAGCGUUCAGUCGUUCCCGUUUGUUGGACGAACAGCGGCAGUCCUACGUCGAAGGGGACAGGGAUAGGUUCUUUGAUAGAGAUUACAGAGAUUUCCGUGAUUUAGCUGAAAGACAACCAGCGAAGUUCAGACACAGCUACGCUGAACCAAUACCUCGAGGCAGGCUCGGUACUGUCAGACCUUAUUAA